AUGCUGCUCCCGGCUUUCUGUUCGAGCAGGCCUCGAGUAGUCCUCCUUACAGCAUUCAUAUUGGUCUCUGCUCUACUCUUAUUCCAUCCUUCUUCACCGGCAGCCUCUUACUCCCCUGCGACUUUCAAUUCUCAAGCCCCGUAUUCCGGAGCAGGGUCCUUUCCGAUAUUUGACGACGACGAAGAUUGGGUGUAUGAUCCCUCUAUUCACCAUGCAGCCGCAAAUCAGACACGUGGGAAGAGAAUAGCUAUCAUUGGUGCUGGAGCAAGUGGAAGUUCGGCGGCCUGGUUUAUCCGAAGAGCGGGAAGAGUGAUUGAGAAGCGAUUAGGAAAGCAAGAAGGAGAGGUUCUGGGAGAGAUCGUAAUAUACGACAAGGAGCCAAGCAUCGGAGGCAGGACGUCUGUUGUCUACCCGCACAAUGACACCUCAUUGAGACCCGUCGAGCUUGGAGCUAGCAUAUUUGUAGAUUCAAACCGGCAUCUUGUCAAGGCGACAAAGCGAUUCAACCUGAAAACUAUUGACCCAGAUUUCGGAGAGACUGGCCUUGGAAUAUGGGACGGGACUCAAUUUCUAUACACAUCGUCCAUUUCGAAGAAAUGGUACUCUGACGUCUACGAUACUGUCUCUGCCCUUCGCCGAUAUGGACCCCUCUCCCCAUACCGGACACGUAAAGCCGUCGGGAACCUUCUCUCAAAAUUCGCAAACCUCUAUCACCCAACUUGGCUCGCUCAGAUGGGGCCCGCAAGAGACGUAGAAACUUUCGUGGAACGUGUGGGAUUGGGCUCAGAGUACACUGUGAGAAAGGGUGCAGAGUGGGCUACUGGAGUCCUGGGACUUGGUCAGAAAUGGGUCGACGAGAUCAUGGAGGGAAGCACAAGAGUCAACUACGCUUCCAACAUGGUCGACAUUCAUGCGCUCGGAGCAGCCGUGUCAAUGGCGACUGGAGGUGCAAAAGCUGUCGAGGGUGGAAACUAUAGAAUUUUUGAAGAGAUGGUCAAAGAGAGUGGUGCUCGUACGAGACUGGGCGAAGAGGUCUUUGAUAUCCUUCCUCAGCAUCAACUUGGUGAGACGCCUGCAUUCGAAGUAAGAUCUCGCAUUCUGGCAACUGGCGAAGAACAUCAUGAAGGCAGUUUCGAUCAAGUCUUCUACGCCAUGCCAUGGUAUCACUCAUCGAAAGAUUACGGUCUGCACGGACUGCAGACUCAUGCAGUGGAAAAAGUCGAAUAUCAGCGAUAUGUCCAUCUGUUCGUGACAUACUUCACGACCACUCGAGACCGACCGGUUCCAUCUUUCUUUGGCCUACCGGAGGGCGUUGCGGUCCCCAAUACCAUACUCACCAGCUCAGUAGCGGCUCAGCAAGAUUCUUCCAUUCCACCUCCUAGAUUCCAGUCCAUCACAUGGCAUGGAGAGACCAAACCUGGUUCAGGGGAGUAUAUCGUUAAAGUCUUUUCCCAAACGUACCUCAAAGAUCACUUUAUCCGCUCAAUGAUCGAUGAAGAGCCUUCGUGGCUUGUCCGAAAAGAAUGGAAUAGUUACCCAGAACUGAGACCAAGGACCGAGUGGCCGCCAGUUGAGCCCGUCAAAGGUGUCCAGUACCUGGCGUCGCUGGAGCCGUGGAUCUCUACGAUGGAGACCCAAACAUUGUCCGCUCGAGAGGCUGUGGCUCGUGUGGUGUAUGACUGGUGGGGCUUGGGCUAUGGUGAAUGUAAAGGAGGUGCGGACGCUUGGGAUUGGUCUUGCGAACCAUGA